GUAGAUAUGAGCCGUGAUAAUUAAUGUUAUUUGUGUUGUCUAUACUUUACGUAACCGACAGUGAGACACGCCCCUAAACAAAUGCUUAAGUGUACUGUCCAAUUUCUUGGGCUUAGUUGUUUUUUUUUAAAAUUAAACGAUAUAAAUAAAUCAAACAGACCGAUCAUUUAAAUUUAGUCAAAAUUCGAAUUUCUUAGAUUUAGAAUUUAGAUGUUUAAGUUUAAGUAAUUUAAGUUUAACUUUUAAAAGUACUUAAACUUAAAGUCAAACACAUUGAAUUUGAUUUUGAAUAUUGAAAAUAAAUUAUAUUUAAAUAAUCUAUUCUCAACUAGUCAAAUCUAGGAUUAAAUUAAAGAUUUUUUUCAUUUAAAGAUUAGGCCACUAUUUAAUUAUUAACUACCAUUACUUUUUAAUUAGUAUUUGCGUAUUAUUAAUUGUUGUUAUUAUUAUUAAUAUCAUGAUUUUGAAAGGCCACUUGUAUUAUUGAUUUAACAUAAACAAAUUUGAAUUAAAAAUAAUUGGUGGAUGAUAGUUAUUCCAUAAUAUUAAUUUUAGUUAGUUAUGAUCAAUAGGCGCACUAUUUUUAUUUUUUUUAAAUAUUUUUUUAUUUAAAAAUAAUUUAUUUGAAUUCUUUUAUAGUUGAUGAGGGUAUUUCAUUGUAUUCAAAAUGGCAUGGCGAUUUAAAGUGUCCAAGUAUAAAAAUGCUGCACCAAAGUUUCCUAAAAAGGAGGUAAGAAAGAGGAAUUUCAAUCCCAGAGUGAAAAUGGUUUUAAUUUUAAAAAUCAUUGACAUCCACACAGCAUAUGAUAAUGUAGGCAGGAUAUAAUAUUUGUUUGAGGUUCCACGACUAUUAGACAUGGUAAGGAAAACUGAGAAAGCAUGUAAAGGGAGUUCCAUAUCAAAGAGGGUUUCAAUCAAUAUAACUUACUCUUAUGACUAGAUUCAAGGACACUUUUCACUUGGGCUAAAAAGAAUAUUCACACCAUAUAAAAUAUAGUGUAUAACAUGCAGGUUUUUUUUUGUUAGAAUGCACACAAACAGGGUACUGGCACCUUUUUUCUACAGACUUUCCAAAUAACUUUUUGCCAAUUUAUGUUUGCCCCACAUGCACUUGAAUCGCUCUGUCCAUUGUAGCAGGUCAGGGGGAAAAUCAUUAAAAUGAUGCCUGCGGGCUGCUUUGUGGAUUCGGUAGAAAAGCUGGGUUCGCACCGAGUGGCACUAAACCUAAAUACACCAGUGCGGGCAAAUAUUAAAUAAUUUAUUUUAUUUAAAAAUUGUUGGUAUAAUGGAAAUAAUUGCUAAUUACUUCUCAACCACCUGUCCUGCUAAUAAAAAGGCCAGAGUAUUAACAGACAUAAUGACAGAACACACGAAAAUAAUGACGCCAGUUGAUAUUUCUGAAUCCGAUCUUAAGAAUCAAAGCCAAAAUACUUCUUUUAAUGACUUGAUCAAAAAUAUCAAAUUUCUUUUUAAAAUUAAAGGGCCAUCCAGAAAUGACGUAAUGCUAUUUUGGCCACCUUUUUCCUCAUCAUCACAAAUUUAUCACAAAAUGAUACACCCUCAUAAUAGUUGAUUAUACAAUUGUGACCCUGCCACCUCAGAUGCGUGACUUCAUUAUGAAUGACCUCUAAAAUAUUAACGAUAUGUGAGUAUCUGCACCUUUUUGUUUGCAAAAAAAAAAGCACUGACAACAUGUAGCUUAGCAACCAAACAAUCACAGUCUAAGCAUUUCAGCUGACUUCAACUGAUGCAUACUAUUAGAAUUGGAAAUCAACAAACACAUAGGACUUAGAUAGAUGAAAAAGUACCUUUAAAAAAAAAUAACCUACACCUUUCAGAAUAAUGGCCUCAUAGUAUAAUUGAUUUACUGCCUCACCCAGAUGACCUACUUAGACUACUGUGAUCCGUCACAGUUUGUGAAAGACCUGUUAACAAUCAAAGCCCCCAUUCCAUAUUUCAAACUUAACCAAUUAUAAGAUGCUAAAUGUAAAUAACAUUUGGUAAUGAUAAACCACCAAGUGUUAGGCUACAUCGGGGACAGGCACCUGUUUUUGUGCAAAGGGCCACAUGGAAAUUAUUUAAAAUUUUUAUUUUUGGCAGAUUGCAUAAUAACUUUCUAAGACUCUAAGAGUUCUUGACAAUAAUUUACGUGAAAUGAGACCACUUCUUGGACUGACUGAUGUACAUGAUGCUGGAGAAAGUUUGCUAUAAAAUAUUUUUUGGAAAAUUUGAUGUGAUAUUUUAUAUCCCAUGGAAAUUAAAUUAAAAAAGAAAGACAACUAAAUGUCUGGGUACUAGACUAGUCCCUUUAGUCUCCCUUGAAUUCCAACAGGUACUGGGGAAAUCACAAACUUCUUUCCUGAGUUUUUAUAACACUUCCAGCUGAAAUGCUAUAUAAUUCACCAUCCUAUAAUAUAGCACUACUAGGCAGAAAAUGGAUCAACACCAUAAGUUUGUUCCUGGAGCUGUUCUUAUUAAAAACUGGACUAAAAUUGAAAGAUUGAAAGACUAAGUUCAAGUGAAAAUAAAUUUGAGAAGAAAUAAGGUCAUAGAAUGAUCAAAUCCAUGAACCAAUAUAAAACAAAGAAAAUCAAAUUAAUUUAUUUGUACUUGUCGCUUUUUGUUGACUGCGUGCUGAAGGCUUUUAGCCAUUGUGUUUGAUACUUUGUUGUGUCUCAUCUUGGGCUUUGGUAUGCCUCGUAUAGUCCCUUUUUACAGCUUGAUCCAAAAUUAUCCUGAUAGUGAAACUAAAGCAGAACAGGUUUGUACUUAUAAAAUGUUUUGUGUAACAUGAAAUUAUGUCAUUCAUUACUGUAUAGGAACUUAUUCAAGACAUUCCAGUUCAUGAUGUAACCCAGUCUUGUGGGAAUCACAUCAAGGCCAGCUCUGUCUACAUUGCUUUCAACAUUGACUCUGCUGGUAAGUUUAUUUUUAAUGUUUACUCUGAUGGUAGGUUAAAUUUUAAAGUUGCUUCUGAUGGUAGGUUAAUUUUUAAUGUUGCCUCUGAUGGUAGGUUAAUUUUGUCUCUGAUGGUAGGUUAAUUUUUUUGAUGCCUCUGAUGGUAGGUUAAUUUUUAAUGUUGGGUCUGCUGGUAAGUUUAUUAUUUUUUUUAUUGUGCUCUUCUGGUAUGUUUAAUUUUUAUAUUGACUUUGCUGGACAUUUUUUUAAAAAUCUUGACUCUGGUUGUACCUUUAUUUUUAAUAAUUUAGAUAUUAUUUACAUUUUUUUUGUUAUUACAGGUGGUGGAAAUCUGGGCUAUUUACCAUUGUCAGCAAGUGGUCGUCAAGGAAACACCCUGCCCAUUAUACAAGCUCACGGAGGUACACCAACUUAUCAUUAGCAUUUGUUUUUUUAUGUUCUAAAAAAUGGAGUUAUAUUCCCUUUGAAUAUCAUAUAUUGAGAACAUGGUCUAAAAAUGUAUAUCCCUGCUUUACAGCUUAUGUUGAGUUUUUUUUCCUAUUGCUGCGGAAAUAAUUUUUUUUGGAACUGUCUGUUCAGAUUUUGUGACAGACUUUGAUUUCUCUCCCUUUGAUGACUAUUUGCUGGCAACUGGGUCACAAGACAACAAGGUAAUUCAGUCAAAGAGUUUUACUUCAUGAUAAGGAAAUGUUCACCUGGUCCACCUGUGGUAAAAUAGACCUUGUGGCAGAUUCAAGGAAGGGAGGGGGGUGCGGGGAGGGACAUCAGGGCACUGAGAGGAUCCUUGUUAUGCAAUUGUUUUGCAUAACUGACAUGAUUAUUUUACGCAACAAGCUGGCAUACCAAAUGUAAAUAAAGAAAGUAUUUUUUUUUUUAAAAACCUAAAGCUCUCAGUGGCUCAAAUAUCAACAUUGUAAGUGGAAUCACAUUUUUACCAGUUUGCAAUAGAACAAUAUAUGAAAAUUAUUAAAUUUCAAUUUUUUUUUUCUGCAAGGAUCUACAGAAAUAUUAUCUUUCAGUCAUGAACUUAAGAGAGCUCACUUUAUACAUUUUAAAAACUUAUUUCUCAGGUAAACCUGUGGCUUCUUCCUAAUGAGGCUGCGGUGAGCACAUUGUCGGAGCCCUUGACAUCACUUCCAUUGUUUGAAAGACGUGUUGAGAAUGUCCUGUGGAACCCUCAGGUUGACGGGAUACUUGCCGUGACAUCAAAUACAACCGUCAAAGUAUAUGAUGUCACUGGGGCAGAUGGCAGAGAAAUCUUCAGUUAGUAGAUUUCAAAUACACUUUGCUAUGUCAUGCAGCUAGCCUGGUCUUGUGUUAUAUUGAUAUAUUGUAUUAGAAGAAAGGAAUAUAUGGAACACACAAUUUAUAUAAACUCUGUGCCUCUCACGAGGCUAACAUCUUGUUAAUGACACUUUAAAUAGCACCUACGGUUGAUGUUGAAUAGUACUUACGGAUGAUGUUGAAUAGUACAGAUGGUUGAGGCUGAAUAGUACCUACGUUUGAUAAUGAAUUUGCAGCAUUGAAGCUUCCAUGCCAAUAAUCAAAUAGCUCUUAUGUAUUUUCACUUCUUCAUUACCAUUAUUUAUGUUGUCCAGAUUUUUCUAAUCAUGGAGAUCAAAUUCAGAGUGUAUCCUGGCAAGGGGAUGGAGCCCUUCUGGUCACUUCUUGCAGGGACAAAAAAAUUCGAGUCAUUGAUCCCAGAUCAGGCAAAGUUGUGCAGGUUGGUCUAAAUCUGAAAUAAUUUCUCAAUCAUAUUAAUUUUUUUUACACUGCCUGAUCUAUCUAUGAAUCUACAUGGGAUGUACAGGUGUAAAGUUUUAGAUAAGUAUUUAUAUGACAUGUCACAAAUGGUAAUUUAAGGAUUAGUUUUUGCUCUCAAAUUUAAACUGCUACUUAAAGUAGUAUAGAGCUGGUAACAAAUUUAUGUUUGAUGAUUGAUUUUUUUUUUUAUAGCGCAUGUGUCCAUGUUAUUCUAGCAUGCUCAAAGCUCUCUGAUUUCAUAAACUCUUUUUAUUUCUUUUUAAAUUUCUCUUAAAUGAUUUUGUGUCAUUUUUAAAAAUUCCUUAAGGACUGAGGCAAACUGUUCCAUAAUUUAGGCGCUAUAGCUUCAAAAGAGUGCACUCUGAAGGACUUCUUUUCGUGUCCAUCCACACUGGGAACUCUCAGUAGGGACUGUUGUGUAGAGCGCAGUUACUUUAAGGAUUCAUAUUUGGAAAUAAGUUCUUUUAGAUAGUCAGGCCCAUAAUCAAAACAUAAGGCAUGAAUCAAAUGUUGUUGUGGUUGUGUAUAAUAAUAAGAUAUUUCCAUAACGGACAUUUUUUCCCCCUGAUUUCUUUAAUUGUUCAGGAAGGCAAUGGCCAUCAGAACAUCAAAGAUUCAAGAGUAUUGUGGUUGCCUGGUAAAGAUUUCAUAUUGUCAACAGGCUUCAGUCAGGUAUUCUAUAGACACAAGUUUUUGUCAAAUAAUCUAUUUACACAUUUUUUUUUCAGGUAAACUAUUAACACAGGCUUUAGCCAGGUUUUUUUUUUUAAUAUUAAAUUUUUGCCGUGCCUGAGGUUCCCCGAUAUCUAAAUACCCUGGUAUGCGAUAUUUUCAAAUCCCUACAUGUUUGUGAUGUAUGUAGUAUGAAACCAGGGUAAUUAUCAGCAGUAAGGGACAAAAUGUUAAUCUAUCAACCUGUUGUUACAUUUACAUUUUAUUUGUUACAUUAACCUUUUAUUUGUUACAUUAACAAUUAAUAUUUUAUUUUACUCUUCUAUUUUGUUAUUCAUUUGUUCCCUCUCUCAGACAAGAAGUAGAGAAGCGAAAAUCUGGGAUCCAAGAAACCUGUCUUCAUCUCUUGGUACAGUGCCGAUAGAUUCAUCUACAGGGUUGGUGUUUAAAUCUAUGCUAGAGCAAUAUGUGAAAAUUGAAAUAAAUUAUGACCUUUGAAAGAAAAGUGAAGUUAGUAAUGGGUACUUUUAAAGAUUCAAGACUUCGUGAGUCAUAAUAUGAUUACAUUUAACCUGCCAUUGGCAGUGAAACCUGACAGUGUAAUUUACAAAAUGCUGCCUUCAACUAUAAUCACAAGUUCUAGAUCUGCUGUUGAUUCUUUAUCUUAUGAUAAAAUAUUUAUUUUAGCAUUCGUAAUUAGUAAUGAAUAUAAUUAAUGACAUUUUCCAGGACCAUCAUGCCGUUCUAUGACCCUGACACUUACAUGACAUACCUUAUCGGAAAGGUAACGACACUCAUUAAAUACUUAUUAUUCGUCUCCUGUCAUCAUCAAGUUAACCUACUUAAUUUAAGAGUUAUCACAGACCUUACUUGAAAACAAGAACAAUUGUGUUUAAAAAGAUUUUUUUGAUUCAAGGGAUGCAUAGAAAUUAACAUGAUAUAACACCAAGAUUGUCAUCUCCUGUACGUAAACUGAAGAUCAAAAUCACACAAUAAUUCACUUUUCAUACACUUGUUUAAAAAAUGUCAAAUCUUAGGUUAUGAGUUCUUAUAAUCAUCUAAAAAUAGUCCACUACAGUUGAGCAUCUAGGACCAUGAGCCUAUAGGAAGUAUCAUUGCCUUUUGGGCCUCACUCUUUUAUACUGGAUCAUAUCAAUCUUUUACAUACAGGGUGACACCACUCUGAACUUUCUAGAGCUGGUAGACAAAGACCCAUACCUCACACCAGGUAUGUGGUUGUCCUAUUACUCAUGGGAAUUGCAAUUGGGAAUUUUUAAAAAUAAAACUUCAAUAUUGUGUUUAAUUUUCAUCCAGUAAUAUUAUUGCAGAAAUUUUAGCAGCAUUCCAAUUUGUAAACAUCAAUAAUUAGAGUCCUUUAUCAUACGUAGAUUGUGGAAUAGUUUUAAAAUACUUCAGAACCAGUACAGAGGGUGUGAGAUUUGAAGUAGAAAUAAAACUGAUUUCAACUAACUCAUCCGUCUUUGUUUUGUGUUCACUGUUUGCAGCUGGCGUUGACAGGACAGAGCAGAUAAAAGGCGCAGCGCUUGUCCCCAAGAGAGCCAUGGACUUGAUGGCUGGAGAAGUCAACAGACUAGUGGUGCUGUGUCGUAACUCUAUCAUUCCUGUGCCUUACAUUGUGCCACGAAAAGUAAGAUUAUCAAACCGUUUACUGCAAAAUCGUGAUUGGAAAUGAAGGUGUGCCGCUAGAACAUUUUUACUCAAAGUUGUGACUCUGUCCAGAAAAGUUGAAAGUUAAACAUCAACUUAAAACAAUGAAAGUGUUAGUGUGAUGAGCACCAAAACAUUUUCCUGAUAAAAAAGCAUGAAAAAAUUACAUUUUUAGUAUUAUUUGUUAUCACUGUUUUGGUUUUGUUCGUGAAUAUAAGACUUUCAUUAUGGCCUUUUCUGUUAAAUAUAUUAUAUCUGUAAGAUUAAUUUUACUUCAACCUUGGUGUCACGUCAUUUGUUUCUUUUUCAGUCCUACAGGGACUUCCAUUCAGAUUUGUUCCCAGAUACUCAAAGUGGUGAGCCUGGACUAACUGCUGACCAGUGGUUGAAUGGGCAGAAUACUGAGGUAUUUUAUAUAUUUACUUGUACAACUGGUCCUGGUAGACAUUCACAUUUGUGGCUAGUGAUACACAAAUCAUUUUCUGGAAGUCCAUUUUUUUAAUCAUGUUUUCAAUGCAUUUAAAAAUAUUUUAAAUUCUGGUCUUAUAUUAUUUUAAUUUCUUGGUUAAUUUUUUUUUUUUUUUUUUUUUUUUUUUAAGAAGGAAAACCCCCCCCCCCCCCCCCCCCCCUAUUAGAGGAUUGAGACGUUUGAUUACAGGCAUGAGGUAUCAAAAAUAUUUUUAGUUAAUUUUUUAAUAAAUUUGAAAUUUCAUUGUUAAUUAAAACAUUUAUUCUAUUGAGAUAACAUUGAUAUAUUUAUUCUGUUUAUAUAACAUUGAUUUACAUUUGGGCCUUGGAAUCCAAAAAUAAUCCGUCCCAGAACCCAGUUCAAGUUCCAAAUAGUUGAGUUCCAAAACAUUUUUUCCCUUUAAAUUAAUACUUGAUUAGUCCAUUCCUGGGCCCCGCAAACUCUAUGGAUCCCAGUUCUUUUCUUAAAGUUCUUGAACCACCCCCUAAUGGCUUUAAACUCCUCCCUUUGAUCGCUAGUGUCAGGCAUGCAUUGCACUAAAUCAUCGUGGAGGACUUUGGCUUCCUCUCAAAUUAUCGUCUCAGAAAUCACAUCAACAGCCUGGUGUUUUUCAUUCAUCCAAAAAAUGCAGAGUUUUUUCCCUUUAUCCUUUCCAUAAUUUUCUGUCUUUCAAAGGUCAGUGUCAUCAUUGCUCUCUGCCCACAUCAACUGCUUUGAUAGCUUUUUUUUUUUUUUUUUCAAAAUCGUAGUCUGUGUUUAGGCAUCCCAAAGUAGUAGAGAGAUCAACCACACAUUUACUCAUUUCAUGCUUACUGAUGAGAACUUUCUUAACCUUAAAUGUGGCUCUAACAGCUGUUGUCUUACUGUAACAGCUGUCAUCUUACUGUAGAACAUGCUGGGCAUUUGGAUUCCAAAGCAGCAAUUGGCUUUCAAGCAAAAAUUUGCUUGAAAUUUGCAUUUAGAUUCUAUGCUGUUCGAGUUCUAGGGCGUUUGGAUUCCGAGGCCCCACUUUAUUUUUCAGUAGAGGUAACAUUGAUACAUUUUGCCAGCUUCAGUAAAACUAUUUUUAUCAUUUUAUUUUCAGCCCAAAUUUGUCAAACUAGAACCCAAGAGUCGUCUAAUUUUACGAAACAGACGAGGAUUUCUUAUAAAUGGACCACAGCCAGAAUCCCCAUCACAAAAAUCCCCUCCAUCAAAGGAAGGCGGGAAAGUGUACAGUAAUGAUGAAACAGUGAAAAAGGUUUUUACAAUUUCCAUUUUGCUACUUAAGAGCAAGAUCAUCAUUUGCAAAAAAAACAGAAACUUAGAUUCUUUACUUGAGCUAUUUAAUUAUUUCUUUAUUAGUAUUUAUCAGAAAUACUUACAUUCAAAGAUUAGUCAGCAACAGCAAAUUACACUUUGAAUAAAUUAACUUCUUGAAUCCAAAUAAAAAAUUAUUCAUUUCCAAUCAACCAUCAAUGUUAAGUUUUUACAUGUAUAAAAACUUUUCUCCAACAAGUCAAGUCAGCAAGAUAUGGUUGACUCCAAGAAAAAUCAAGUGCCAUACACUCCAACACCAGACCAAGAGAUAACAGCUGCUACACAUGAGAAGCCGGGUGUGUCCCAGGUGAAAGCAAACAUACAGAAACCAGCAGUCCUGGACGAGAAACCCCGGUCCAUUCCAAAACCAAUAAAGCCAUUUUCAGGUACUUCCUUUUUCAUAUGGGUGAAACUAUUGAAGAAAUCUAUGCAGUCCUGAAUGUUUGUGUGAUAAUUUAGGCUAAUGUAUUCAAUAAUCGAGCAAGGAAAACUUUCCCCGGCCUCACCCCAUUUCAACGGAGAUUAGGUAGUUAGAAGCGAAAACAAAUUAAUUCAGCUUUUCGGCAAAAUAUCACCAUAUGGAAUCAAACAAACACUCUCCUACCAAUGAUCCUCAAAUUUCACUUAAUUUCUUUUCUUAUUUCUUAUAUUUUACUUAUUUCCAAAAUAUUUUUAUCUGUUAAAAUCUUAUUUUUUGUACUAAUGCUACAUAAAUUCUUUUGCUUCCUGUAAUCUUAAUUUUCGGAAGCCCAACUGCCAGUAAUAACAUUAAUGGCAAACACUUAAAGUUUUUGAACUUCUCUCUAUUUCUUGUUGUUUCUUCUUUUGUUCUGUCUGCCGAGUAAGGCUCUUAGCGAAAAUGUUCCUCUUGUAUAGUCCUGUCUUUAUAUUUCAACCUUCCACAUGCCUUGUUCUUCUAUUUCCUUCACGCAGCCUGAGUGCAGUCCUUCAUGUAUUAUAUUAUUCUGUUUAUAAUAAUUCUGCUGCCAGAAUCCAAAAUAAAAGAGAUUUUUUUUUAAAACUGAAUCUUCAAAUUAAUAUUGUUCACAUUUUAUUAAACAAUCUCUUUGUGUCACAAUAAUGUUCCAGAGUUUGAAUUAGAUUAGGUUAUUCAAAUUAGGAGUUAUUAAAAAAAAAUGUGUCCGAUUUUGUACACUUGUCAAGUCUUGUUUCUGUACUGAACUCGUUCAUUCAGGCAUGCGCCAGUCAAAGCCUUGUCACUGUCAAUAACAUUCAGGCUGAACUUGUUCAUUCAGGUGUGCGCCAGUCAAAGUUUCGCCACAUCCAAGGUCAGCUCCUUCACCCCAGUACCUUCAUCACCAAUGUCAGAAAUGUGUGUAAGACCAUGCCAGGUGAGAGUGACAUGUUUGCUGCCAAUGUCACCAGAUGUGCUGUGCCCACAGACAGCUUUGGUGGCUGUAUGCAUAUUUUUGAGGUCAGCUGAUAGAUGUACAAGUGUCAGUUAACCCUUUAUGGGGCAGAGCGGCCGAAAAUGUCUUUACCACUUAAAGUGCAAAACGCCCAAAAGUGUCAGUGAAGACUUAGUGUUGUUUUCUCGUGACCUCCGAGGCUUUGUGAGACUUCCUAUUGUUUACAUCCAGUUUUUCCGAUAGCUAAAUAGAGUAGGCGCCAGUUACAAAUAUUUAAUCGAUUUUUUUUUUAGUUUUAGGGGUUUAAAAAUUAUUUUUUUUCGAAAUGUAUUUUGCUGAUUAUUUGCCAAUUAUUCAAGUGGUAGCGGAGAUUUCGCUGGAUUCAAUUAAAGUGACAUUUAAGUGCAGGAAUUGACUGUAAAUUGGAACUAGAUGUUUAUAUUAUUAGUAAUAUUAGUGAAAUCAGUGUAGCAAGCAGUGUAAUUUGAGUGUUGAAUUUUACAAACUUCGAUUUUGUGUCAGUGUUUGUAAAUAAUAAAUAGAUGACUCACAAUCACAAACAAUAUGUUGUUUUUGCAAAUAUUUAUGUUUAUAUAAGGAUUAAUGGCAACAUGUGAGUACAAUUAUAAAUCUGCAUACAUUUUCCUUUAUUUUGCUUUUUAUUUCACACAAAUUUGUUGACUAACACCUUAGAUUUGAUUCUUUUGGUAAAAUAACUCUAAAUUUUACAAAAAAACGGAAAAGUGGUGCCCAUUCAGGACGUGCAAGAGGAAGUACCUCUGCCCCGUAAAGGGUUAAAGGGAAAUAGAUAUCUGAAAGAGUAAAAUUCGAUAGAUAUUAAUAAUUUUGAGCAGUACUAAAUUUUCUGUAGACCUGGGUUGAUAAUUUUAUUAGAGCUAGAAAUGUUCUUUUCGACAAUUUUAUAAGAGUUAGAGAAAUCGCCCAUCAAAAUAACGUAAUCCAAAUAUUUUUUUAUCCAAUGUAACACAUUUUUACAUUAUAUCUAUUUUGAUUUAGUUUAAGUUGGGAUAAAAUGUUUUAGAGCAUAGCUGUCCAGAAUAAAAGACAAAAAUCUUUUAUUUUUAUAGAGGAAUCAGUGAACCUGGACAUUUAAUUUUUGCAACACAGAAUAAAUAAAUUGCAUUUGCUAUUAUAAUGUCAUUCUUUUGUUGCUAUGAAGUGAGUGAUAAAUGUAUAGUAAAUAUAAAUAAAUAGGGAAGCUAUUCAGUGGAGUUGAUUUGUCAUGUGGUAAUGUUCCCCACAAGAUUGUAUCCUGUUGUGUUGUCCUCAGUUUUCUCAAGCCACAAAACUUCCAGACACAGGCGUACCAAUCAUUCAGAAUGGAAGCAAAGUAGCAGAUUUUGCCUGGGACCCGUUUGAUGAUAGUCGACUAGUUGUGGGUAGGUCUUUUUAGGUGUGGUUAGGUAUUUUUAGUUGUGGGAAGAAACUUUCAGGGCCCUGUGGGACUACAGUCGAAUUUUGAUGCAGAGUUGGAAGCUAUUUAAAGGGCACUGGAAAGUCUGCACAGUAUACAGUGAUGGGAGCUUGUGGGACUAGACAUGGUCAUUUUCUCUGAUUCAAGAUUUGCUCUUGAGAUUUAAAAAAAAAUUGUUAAUAAAGGAUUAAAACAGUUACAUGACAUUCAUUUUGUUACAGAGUGUAAAUAAUAUUUACUAUAGAAUUUUAAUAUACACAAUUUUAAAUAAACACAUUUUUUAAAAUACUUUAUUUUACUUACUUUAUAUAAAAUGGGAUAAAAUAAUAAUAAUUAAAUCAAUAAAUAAUGUGAUAAUUUAGAGAGUUUUUUUAUUUGUUGUUCUGCAGUAACCGACAAUGCCAAAAUAAAUGUCUGGAAGAUCCCAGAGGGUGGCCUUGCUGAGAACUUGGAGGAACCUGAAUAUUCUAUGAAAGGUGAAGGUUUCUUUUAUGCCAAAUAAUUUAUUAUUAAGUUAUAUAUAUAUAUAGAGAGAGAGAGAAGGAAAAAACAUUUAUGUACAGAGAGGGGAAAAUCACAUAAGGUGGACUGAUUUCUUACCAUGCUGAAACAAGGAGAUCAACUUGUCAAUGUUAUUUAACAGGAUGUGUACUCUGUGUAACAUGUAUUUAGAAGCAUGACCUCUGAACUGUUCAUUAAUUAAAUCUUGCUGUUUUCAGGUCACAUGGAGAAAAUUUACUUUGUACGAUUCCACCCUCAUGCAAGAGAUCUAAUAGUGACUGCAUCCUUUGACAUGACUGUCAGAAUUUGGGACCUGGCACAGCGUAAAGAAGUGCUCAGAUUGGAAGGUCAUGAUGACCAGGUAUGUCAUUUUGUUGAUGUGGUGAAUCAGAUACAGUUAAAUAGCAAGAGCCAGAUUUACCUAUAAGCUAAAGAUUUAUAGAUUAGGGCAUCAUAACCCAGAAGGGGAUACUGAAUCAGAAUAUGUUGGAGGGGAGGGGGUUAAAUCCUUUUAAAAUGUAUGUGUGCCAGAUGUAUAAUAUUGGUUCUUUUUCACUUUAUUGGAAUUCCUGUAAAAUUUUUGGUCCUAUCAAUUCUGCCUACUGAACAUGGGUCAUGCAAGUAUUUAUAAAAAAGGACACUAAUGGGAGGGUUACAUCUAAGGGUAUUAUAUUAUAUUGUUUGUCCUUAGCGCUCAAAGAGGAGCAGAGUUUGCCUUCUCUUAGAUGAGUUGUCAUCCAAGGUUAACGAGUCCCAUCCCCCCGGUAUAUAACAGGACAAACAUGAGGCACAAUCAGGGUAUUCUAAAAUGUGCAGAUGGCCUAGGCACAAGCCUCUAUUUAAUUCUGAUUAUCUGUCAAAGGCUUUUACUACCUUUUCCCCCCUUUUCAUUUACAUCAAUGAUCACAGACGUGUGUUUACUAAUCCUAUCUUUGGAUAACAAAAAAUCGGGGGAUGGGUUGCUAAUCGUCCAACCAGCGAGUCUCCAAGAGCAUCAUUACUCAGACCUAUGUUUUCCUCUAUUAGAUUAGAUUAGAUACUAAAAUAUCCAUCCGUGAAGCUCUAAACUCUUACAAAGUCAAUCUAUGUUCAGGUGUUCUGUCUUUCAUGGAGCAGUGAUGGCAAGUUCUGUGCGACUGUCUCAAGGGACGGUUUUGUCCGGGUGUUUGAGCCUAGGAAGAGUCCUUCUCCUCUCAGGGUAAGAAAUGGCUGAUAAAUUUUUUCAAAGCUUUAUAAAUUAUUUGAUAGAAGAAGAUAUCUUUUCACAAUUUUAUAUAUUAAUUUAAAGAGUAAGAGCUCUUUUCAUAGUUAAUUUAUUAAUUUAUAGAAGAAGAGUUGAGCAAGACAACUCUGAGUGCUCACUUUGCAUGUCAGCCUGUACCUUAUGUAGAUAAUGCCUCAUAAAUAACCCCAUUUCAUUAUUGUUCCAGAAAGGUGUUGGACCUGCUGGCAUUCGUGGAGCAAGGGUGGAGUGGGUCCUACAAGAUAAAUACAUUCUUGUCUCAGGCUUCGAUAAGUAAACACGCACUUUGUCUGAUAACAUUUUGGUAACACAACACCGGGGGUUUUCUCUCACAUACUCAGUAAACAUUGUUACAUGCAGGGCUGGGUAGCACUAUUUGGGAAUCUUAAAAAGUGUGUUAACUUGAAUUUAUGUUUUGUAGCAGAUGGGACGUUCAUCCCUUGCAGACGCCAUUGUUUCGGCAUGCUAUAGUUAGUUAAGAUAUAAAUUAAAACUUGGUAAUAGGUUUAAUAAAAUGUCAAAUGACAUGACAUGCGCGGCUUCUCUCCUCGGCAGAAAUUCUCUGCAGCAGGUCAUUAUCUAUAGAUUGAGUGACCUAGAAAAGUUGAAUGCUGUUGAUGUCACGACGUCGCCAGCCAUACUCAUUCCCUACUAUGACCCGGACAGUUCUGUUGUAUUUCUCACAUCCAGGGUGAGUCCACCAUGUCACUAGAGCACGUUAAAUGCAAUCGAUAAGCGGUUAAUACACUCAAUAAUACAAUAAAUAAUCUUCUCCAAAGCUGAUUUUAAAAUUAUAACAAUAGAUGUUCCAUCCGCAUUGUUUUUUUUUAAAAAGUUUAGAUUAAAGCAGGCCUGCACUGCUCAAAAUGUAAGGCGGGUCGUACUACCUUGUGAAAAACUUAUGCGGGCAGAAAGAAAACAGGACGGGGGGGGGGGGGGGGGGAGGGUGGGGGGAAUCGAUUGAGAAAAUAAUAAUGAUAAAGAAUAUUUCGUUACUUUGCGGGCCGCAAAGUGGGUGCUAGCAGGCCACAUGUUGUGAGGGCCUGGUAGUAAAUAUAGUUUAACUCUUUGACUUCUGAAUUUUGAUUUGUGGUUGAACUGAAUUAAAUUCCGGUCAAUGAAAACCAAUUAAUGGUUCCAACAGGAAAAAACAACAAAAAAUAAUAACCUGAUAUCCCUGAUUUUGUUAUCAAUGGCCAAUAAGAAAUGGAAAUUGUAAAACAGAUGAUGCAUAAAAUAAACGUAUUAUUAUUAUUUAGUUCAUAUUCGUGGGAGUAAAGUGAAAAAUUCCCUCCAAAAUACUAGUAUACAUUGUAACCUUGCUCUAAUGGAAGAAGAAAAUUUUCUGGAUCAAAGUGUAAGUGCAAUAGAAAUAAGAUUUGUCCAAACAGCCAGCAGACUUAAUUGCUCAACUGAAUCGUUGGCACUCAGUCAGUAUGAGCGUGUCUCAGUAGCAUGAAGAGAUACGUAAAACCUACAUUUGAAUGAGAAGUCGAGUUUUGUUGAGCCAUUAUUGGACAAGCUUACAGAUUAGGGACUUCACGAUUCAUUCUCUUAAUUCAAGGGGGAGCGACUGAUCUACACCUUUGAAGUAUCAGAGGAAGAGCCAUAUUUGUUUGAGUGCACUUCUUUCAAACUGGACACAUUACAUCAGUCUGUGUCUUACUUGCCCAAACAUGUCUGUGAUGUCAGGAAAGUGGAGGUGGCCAGGGCCUGGAGACUAACCUUGAACAGUGUUGAGGCUGUUUCCUUUACUGUGCCUCGGGUCAAGGUAACAGAAACAAUUUGCUAAAUGAAAUCUAUUUAUAUUAUUAUUUGAUUGUAUGUGUUUUAUUUGUAGAUAAAGGUUUGACGAACUGCAGCCCACUGGCCAAAUGUAGACACCACCUUCUUUUGUACGACCUGCAAGGUUACAACAGAUAUAUAUAUAUAUAUUGCUUUAUUUGAGCAGACCUAAAAUUUCCAGUGACCUCAAAUUUACAAAAUUAUGAUGUUUAUAAUUUAUGUACUGGUCAUUGUUAGCAAAUUAUCAAUCGUUUAAACACCAAUGAUGAAAUAUCUAAUUUUCUUCUUUUCAAGCACAUACUUUAAAUUUCCUGACUUUAAUAAAAUAUAAAACAAGUGUCCUUCAUUAGGAGACUGUUAUUUAAUCCAAUGAUAAUUAUAAAAAAUUAUAUGCACAAUAAUCUUAACGAUUUGCAAUUACUAAAUUACUGGUGUCUUGAAUUUGUUUACAGUUGGAAUAUUUCCAAGAUGACUUGUUUCCUGACACCAGGGUGACCUGGGAGGCCACUCUCACUGCUGAUGAAUGGUUGGCAGGAAAAGAUAAGCCACAAAGGUGCAUUAGUAUGAAGCCUGUAGACAUGAUUCCAUGUAAGUCGCCUAAGGAUUAACCACCUUAUAAGUUCAAACACAUGAAAUUGGCUUAUUCUAUCUACGGAAAGUACAUUGCCAAAUAUGUUUGGAGAUUCUUCAGUCUAAUUGUUACGCACUGACUUGUAUUGGGAGAAAUUAAUCUCCUAUUUUAAUUUUAAUUGGCUCGUUGUAAACAGUGCCUAACAAAGGACGAUACCAUAUAAUCAACAAUAUUAAAGAUACGACCCAAAACAGUUUCUAGUUACAAUUAAUUAAGAUUUAUUAUGUCUUAAGAUAAUUACAAAAUAAAAUAAAAUAAAAUUACAAUCUUCAACUUACAGUAUGGCAGAUGUCGUACCGGUACACAGUUAAUACAAUUAGAAAUAAUGAUGCCAAUAAAUAAUGCGAAAUAAACACAUAUAAGUAGGAGCACACAAAUACACAAAGAAUAAAACACGCCUCGUAUGUUAAGAGAAUCUAUAUGAAAAUCUCCGUCCCUCGACCGUGCCUGUCAAUCCCUUAUAUAGGUGGGUCUACCGACGCCCAAGCCCUGCCUUCGAGCAGCUACAUGACAUAUCUAGAAAAAUCCAAAUAAUUCUACAAAAUACUACUUGGAAUAGAUUAAUUAUUUUUAUUCGUUGGCGGCGUAAACAAGUUACUUCAAAGACCUAAGCCACACCCCUUUGUGAACACAGCGUCUCAUGCGGGGUCAAUCAGAGGGGACGCACGAGAAAUAUGAUGUAAACAAGCUCUCUAUAACACUAAUUAAUUCAUUGAAAUUUUAUUAUUUUUAUCAAGUUUAUUAUUUUGUUUUAUUAUUAAGUUUUCACUAUAUCAAAAAUAAAUCAAGUUUUAUUUCAUAAUAACAAACAAAUGUUGUUUUGUUUUUUAGUUUUGCUUUCUAUAAGAUUUUGCAUAUAAUUUGUUCAAGUUUGUCUAUGAAAACAUUUCAGUGAGUCAGGCUCCAGCAGACGCUCCAAAAAUUAAAAAGUUUGAAAGUUUUAAUGUGGACACAUUUAAAACAGAUGAGCAGAAAAAGGAAGAGGUGAGCCUAGUUUUGUGACAGUUCUAUUUACGCUAAAUUCCAGUUUAAUCAUAUAAAAGGUAGAUUUGGUGUUCUGAAUUGGGUUAAAGGGAGAUUUGGCAUUUGGGAUUAGUUAAAAGGGAGAUUCUGCAUUCUGAAUUAGGUUAAAGGGAAGUUGGCAUUCUGAAUUUUAGUUAAAGCGAGUUUUGGCAUUCUGAAUUAGGUUUAAGGUAAAGUUUGCUUUCUGAAUUAUGUUUAAAUUCUGUUGGGAUCCACAUUUUCAUUGUAUCAACUUUAAUGUAUUUGCAUUAUUAUGAGAAAUAAGUAUGAAAAAAAUGGAAAUCACACAUGAAUUAUUUUUUUUUAAUGUGUAACAUUUUACUAUGGGCAGAAAUAGAGCUUGAUUUUAAUAUUUACCGGUACCAAUGUCUGUAGUUGCUGAAUGCCAUGGUUGGAAAACUGGAAAUAUCGAGUGAGCCACUGCCACAGCUGCUGACUGAAGGAGUUGAAGAUGCUGAAUGGGUAAGCUGUUGA